AAGAACUAACUAGAACCCAGAUAAGUAGCGAGUUUAAAGUUACAGACGAAAUGAGGUUGGUGCAAUUUAGAAUCAAGGAUUUGACCACCAGAAUCGGUGUUUUAUUUGGUGAAAAUGUAGUGGAAAUUAGUGGAACAGGCGUGCCUAAUAGUUUGGUGGAAUUUCUCGGUCUGGAAAAUGCUUUGGAUAAAUUGAAACAAUUGGCAUCUGAAUCGAAGCAAGUGUAUCGCAAAGAUCAAGUAAAAUUGUUAGCACCUAUAACAAAGCCUGACAAAAUAUUGGGAGUAGCAGGCAAUUUUAAGGAUUUUUGCGACUUAACCAAUACUCCAUAUCCGGUUGAGCCGCUUAGCUUCAGCAAAUUUUCAUCAACAAUUGUUGGACCAUUCGAUCCCAUUAAUAUCUCCAAAUCAAGUGAUUCGGUAGAUUGGGAGGUGGAACUGGUAGCUGUAAUCGGCAAAAAGGGCAAGAAUAUACCGGCAAAUAAGGCAUUCGAGCAUAUCUUUGGUUACACCUCGUGCCAAGAUCUCACCGAGAAAAAAUGGAUCAAGCGUAACGGUGGCCAGUUCUUGAUGUGCAAGAAUUUCGAUGAUUUUCUACCAUUGGGCCCUUGUCUCGUUACGAAAGAUGAAAUUCCAGAUCCUUAUGACGUUCAGUUAAGGACGAGAAUAAAUGGAGAACUUAAACAGGAUAGUAAUACUAAUCAAAUGAUACACAGAAUUGAUAAAUUAGUUGAAUAUUUUUCAAGUGUUAUGACGUUAUUGCCUGGAGAUAUAAUUUUGACCGGAACACCUUAUGGAGUAGCAACACAUCAUACUCCAGUCAGGUUUUUAAAAAAAGGAGAUAUAUUAGAAUCAGAAGUCGGAAUUGUUGGGAAUAUGAAAAAUUCUGUGGAGUAAUGUUGUAAUAUUGUUAUAUUUUUGUCACACGCACAAAUUAAACUAUCAUGAUGAUUUUUAAAA